CAUGUUGGAACACGAGCGGACAUUAAACGAGAGUGUCGCCAACAAACAAAUGUUUCUUGGACAUCCUUAAAGCAAUUAAAGGCCGGUAACUUUGAACAACAUGAUAUGAAAUUAAAAUGUUAUUUGAAAUGCUUUAUGGUAAAAAACGGUAUUCUUAAUGAGAAUAGCAAUAUAGAUGUUGAAAAAGCCUUACGUCAUCUCCCGCGCAGUAUGCAAGAAUCAUCGAGAAAAAUUCUUCAUCGAUGCAAAUCAAUUCAAGCGGAGAAUACUUGUGAUAAAGCUUUUCAAAUAGCUACAUGUUAUGUUAAAGAGCAACCUGACAUUUUAAAAAGCGUAUCAUUUAUUUAAAGAUGCUUUGAGUUUAGAUACAUGAAGUAUUGCAUUAUGGAAAAUAUAGAGGGCUAGGAGGAUGAAAUAGUCGUUACACAAUAUGUAGAAACGCUAAUUUAUUAAAUUACAUUACUUCACUU